AAAAUAUUUUGCGACUUUGAUUUAUUUAUUUUACACUUAUAACCAACCUUCCAUUAAUUCCAAAGACCAUUACGUUUUAUGAUACGAUCAAAAUAUGCAACACGAGAUACGGAUACGCUUAAUACUUGCAAGAAUCCCACACGACGAUGAGGUUGAAUGAGAAUACUGCGGUAUCGACCAGCAGAGUCCUGCUCGUGCCAUACGAUGCGCACCACGUGGAGAAAUACCACCAGUGGAUGGAAGAUCCCUCCAUCCGCGAAGCCACCGCCUCCGAACGCCUCUCGCUGGAAGAAGAGUACGAGAACCAGGCGUCGUGGCGCGAGGCCUCGGAUAAGCUUACGUUUAUCGUGUGCGCACCGCUGUUACGAGGUGCUGCUGGUGGUGGUAAUGGCUCUUCGGAUGCGCGAGAGAAGAAGGGAUCUGUGGUAGCGGGGGUAGUAGACGCGGCGGAUAGGAUGGUCGGGGAUGUUAAUCUGUUCUUGAGUCCCUGGGAUGAUGACGAUGAUGAUUAUGACGAGAAGGGGGAGGGGGAGCAGGGUGGUGAUGACAAGGAACGGAAGGGAGAAGAUGCAAAGACGUAUUACACCGCGGAAAUCGACAUCAUGAUUGCGGACCCGCGGUGCCGGGGUAAAGGACUAGGUCGUGCAGCCGUCGCUACGUUCCUGUCCUUCGUGCGGAGGCAUCUGGACAGUAUUCUAGCCGAGUACACCGCAGGCUCGCUCAACGGCGCCGAGCGUAACGGGAAACCCGUGCUUAGAGACGUGGUGGCCAAGAUCAACGCGGAGAACACGGCCAGCAUCGUGCUGUUCAAGGCGUUGGGGUUCGAGCAGCGGGGCGAGAGGAAUUACUUUGGCGAGAUACGCAUGGUGUUCGAGGGGUUUGGGGGGGCGGACGGGUGGGAAGGGAGGAGGGAUUCGGGGGUUAUGGGCGAGGGGUAUGAGGAGUUGGUUUAUGAUAGGUUGAGGUUGAAGAUGGGGGUGGAAUAG